GAAGAGAAUUUGCUUUUUUUAACGCUCUGAUGAAUCGAUUGGGACUUGGUUCUCAUUGUGCCGUCCAAGAGACUAACAGUCUUUGCUCAACUCGUGCCCAAGACACUUGUGGACACAAAAACCAGCCUCAAGAAUGGAUCAGAGUAACGAAGUGUGGAAAAUUGUUGGUAUAUCUGUGGCAGUGAUUGUCUCAGUGAUACUACUUUUGCUUCUUCUAAGGAGAUACAUGCAGGGCAGGCAGUUUGGGAAGGAAAAUGUUCGAAUGGAUGGAAAAAUCGUUGUGAUUACUGGUUCAAAUACGGGAAUAGGGAAGGAAACAGCCUUGGAAAUGGCCAAGAGAGGAGCUAAAGUAUAUUUGGCAUGCAGAAAUCCUCAGAGAGCUGAAGAUGCUCGUCAGGAAAUUGUUGAAAAGUCCAAUAAUGUAAAUGUGUUCGCUGCAGAACUCGAUCUUGCAUCCAUGGAAUCCAUUAGGAAGUUUGUGGAGAAAUUUAAGUCUCAGGAACAACGUCUGGAUGUUCUGAUAAAUAAUGCUGGACUCUAUUGUCCACUGCAGAGAACUAGAGAUGGGUUUGAGAUGCAAAUUGGGGUAAAUCACUUGGGACAUUUUCUCCUCACGAACUUGCUGCUGGACAUUCUCAAAAGUUCAGCUCCCAGUCGGAUUGUUACAGUUUCUAGUUUGCUGCAUAUGUUUGGUGGGAUUAAAAAGUACGAUCUGAACAGUGAGAAAUCAUAUAGCGCCUAUUCAGCCUAUUGUCAGAGCAAACUGGCUAAUGUCCUCUUUACGAGGGCUCUGGCUAAGAAAUUGGAAGGUACUGGAGUGACUGCGAAUUGUCUCCAUCCGGGUGUUGUCCGAACAGAAUUUGCACGAUAUGAUACUCUAUUGAGUUUCCUGCUGAAACCCUUUAGCUGGAUCUUACUGAGAACCCCCAAAAGUGGAGCUCAAACGUCCAUUACGCUGGCAAUUGAUCCGGACUUGGAAAAGGUAUCCGGGAAAUACUUCAGUGACUGCAGAGAAGCAAGUCCAGGAAGGAAUGCGAGAGAUGACGAGUUAGCUGAAUGGCUUUGGACAGAAAGUGCUCGAUUAGUUGGCAUUGAGGCAGUCCAAUAGGUGAGAAUUCCGUAAGAUUACCACACCAACGUGCAAGUCAUCAUUCAACAUCAACAAUCUGGCAGUAAUUUUGGAGUCAUUAGCUGUGAGUCCAGAAAAUAUUCACACAAAAAAUAACUUAAGUGUUCUUCAAGGCCUCCGAAAUUCUCGUGGACCUUUUUUUGCUGUCCAAAAACUAUGAUUAAUUCAUAUUUCACGUGUCACAAGGCAGCAUUAAAUAGUUCUAAGUGAGAAAAGUAGGAAAAAGAAUUUUCUGCGCACUGAUGAAGAAUCAAUAGAGAUUGAAAUAGAAAGAAAUGAGCUAUUAACCAUUCUUUGUAUUUACCAAAUAAAAUUAAAUUGGAAACUUCCAAAA